GGAAAAAAAGCCCCGAGCUCAUUUCCUUCCUGCGCGAAGAGAAGAACCCGGCUCGGGGGCUCGUCGCGCCUGAGUCCCGCCGGGGUCCUCGAGGGGCGCCUUGGGGAGCGCGCGGCUUGGGGAGCCGCCGUCUGGCUGAGCGGGCGCUGGAGUUUCCUCCCGGCGCGCAGAGGAUGCGGUGACAUCGCCGGCACUAUGGGAAACAGGGGGAAUGCGGUAUGGCUGUUGCUUCUGUCGUUAAAGGUCUUUGGGCUGCAAAAAGGUGACCCUGAUGUCCCCACAGACCUGAAAUGUUACCAGUCAGUGCCCAGCAAUAUUGUGAACUGCAGUUGGUCUACCAGGGAGCCUCCAGAUGCUAAUACUACCCAUGUCCUCUACUAUAAGAGCCUGAAAUAUCAUCCUGGCAAACCCCCCAGGCGUGGAGCUCCGGGCAAGCAGAACUGGUUGCUUAUUGAAAGGCGCAACCUGACACAGGGAGACAGCUACAGUGUUUGGGUGGAAACCAAUUACGGCAUGGCUGGGAUUGCAACUUCCGCUAAGUUAAACUUCAGCUUGGAUGAAAUAGUGAAGCCGCCUCCUCCUGAUCUGGAGCCUGUGGUGUUUGAGUCCUCUGUCGCGAUGGUCAGUUGGAAGAACCCUCACUGGUCUGAAUCCCUUCAUCACCAGCCGCUCACCUGUGCCCUUCGAUACAAGAUGUCCAAGGACCAUAGCUGGACCUACGUGAGUCUGUUAUGUCUGGAUGCAUGGGUCUGUUUCCCCAUCCCAUCACCUGUUAUCCAGCUUGUAUUCUGGGAAAACUGCAACCUAAGGAGUCUGAGAUAAUUAUGGCCGUUUGGCACAUCACAGCAACAAACCUGGGAGACCAAGCAUACUCUCUGUGGGUGCGCCUUGAAAUGAUUUGAGAAGAAAGCGCAAACAGAGACCUCAGUGGAACUUAAUCAGCUUCCCAAACUGGAACAGAACCCAGGAGUCUCAGCUCCAAUUGUUUGGCACUGCUUU